AUGGAUGAUAGACCUGCAAAAUUAAAAAUCAUUCCAGAUCACUUUCAAAUUCCAACGUCGAGUAUAGAAUCUCCCGAGAGUGGAAAAUCGUCUACUACUGAAGAACCUGGAAUUGAUCAAUCUGUAAGGCCCUCGCUCCGGCUGUGGACUCCAAGAAAAUUUAGGACAACUUUCAUGUUGAACUUGUUUACUCUACGAAGACUGUCAUGGGGGUCCGAUACUGGAGGUCAGGAAAAGGUUGAGCUUACAGCUGCAGAAGUAGAAUCACUUCGAUCGGAGCUUGCUGAUUUAGAGGAAAGGGAAGCUCACUUGAAAGCUCAGUUGCAACAUAUUGAUGAAGUUCUGCGGUCAGCUCGUCUAUCAGGCUAUUUACACAUUAGAACUAGAUGGUCAGCACUUCCGGGAGAACCUGCACCUAUAGAUGAUACUGAAGUAGAUGAUCGGCUUCCACGCUUUGUCGUUCUACACGGAGCAUGUAUAUUCUUAUAUUUGUUGUGUACAGAUAUAAGUCCUCAGGACUCGACCCUUCUAUCUGAUAUUCUUGAAGUGGGGAGAUUGCCAAGUUUUAAGCACGAAAAUGAUGAUAUUCAACAUGCCUUUUAUAUUUUAACUCGUCAUGGAUAUCGCUAUGAGUGCUCAAGCAAUUCUAAGAUUCAGGUGGACUCUUGGUUAACAGCUUUAGAAAGUUACAGCAAAUUAGAAUCUGAUAGAUCAGUUCCUAAUGGGUAG